AUGUCUAUUCGUCCAGCAACACAUGCAGGGACAUGGUAUCCGAAUAGUUCCAUUAAGUUGGGAUCACAAUUGGAAGGAUACUUCAAACAUGCCCAUGAAGUGGGCAGCUAUGGAAAGGCCAUAAAAGGAGCUAGAAUAUUGAUUGGUCCACAUGCCGGGUUUACUUAUAGUGGAGCCAGACUUGCUGAGACGUUCACGGCAUGGGACACAUCGAAAGUCAAGAGAGUUUUUAUUUUGGGUCCUUCACACCACGUAUAUUUUAAAAGCUCUGCAUUGGUUUCAAGAUACGAAUAUUAUGAAACUCCAUUUGGCAAAUUGCCAGUAGACGUUGAAGUUACGAAGAAAAUGACGGAUAUUGAAGGCACAAAGGGAAAUCGGGUCUUCAAGUACAUGAGUGAAGAUGUUGAUGAUGAUGAGCAUUCAUUUGAGAUGCAUGCGCCCUUUAUUUAUCACAAAUGCAAGAAUUUACCCCAAGGGAUGCCUCUGAUAAUUCCUAUUAUGAUUAGUGGAAUGGGUGAUCGUUUGAGUAAAGAUAUAGUGGAUGCUCUUUUGCCUUAUCUCGAUGACGAACAGAACUCAUUCAUAAUUAGUUCUGAUUUCUGCCAUUGGGGGUCUAGAUUUGGCUACACAAAAUACCUACCCCAGAAGCCGACAAAGGGAAUCCAGGAAGAUGAUCUUAUAAAUUUGCGCCAUUCCACAAAGACUAAUUCGGUAGAAUUACCAAUUUACCAAUCAAUAGAGCUUUUGGACAGAGAGGCCAUGGAUAUUGCAUCCAAAGGUUCUUACAACCUCUGGCAGCAAUACAUAUCUAUUACGGGUAAUACAAUUUGUGGCCAAAAGCCUAUAGGUAUUAUUUUGAGGCUUCUAGAAGAAUACGAAAAAUCAGGUAAGUCAAUUGUGACGGGUAGUAAUGUAUUUAACUGGAUCAAUUAUUCACAAAGUAGUGAAGUUCAUAAAUAUAGCGACAGCAGUGUCAGCUAUGCUUCAGGCUAUGUUCAAUUAACCUGA